GAGUACCAAGAAAAAUGGAAACUAUUUGUAUUGCAUUUAUUAGAAAACAUAUUAUGCAUACAAAGCAAAGGAGUCAUAUUUGCUCGGUCAGUACAUAACCGACUUAAUGUUUUGAGUUCGCAUUGUCUGUGUGCUUAGUAACAAUAAUGUCUAGGCACAGACAAACAACUAUAUUCAUGCCUGCCUUGGGAGCUCAGCAUUCAGAAGUGUUAUGCUAUGAGGAGUCCAUUUUUUUAAAUAUUCUUGUCAACUCUUGGAUUAAACACAGGAAUGAUCCCCAUUUACAACAGAACAGCAUCACGAAUAAUUCCCAACGGUGGAAAGAUGUUGUUUUGGUGAUAUGAUCCCUGCGGUUUAAGCACGUGCGCUGUACACGGUAAUAGGCAUGUAAAGGAUUCUCUAGGCAAUUUAAAAUCGAGAACUAACCAGAUCCCUGUCAGCUCCGAGGUGAGGUCAGAACUUGCAUUUAUCACGCAUGCGCACAAUGAAAAAGCGCAGCGAUGUGGAGUGGACAGCGUCAACAGCAAGCCAAGCACGAGCGAGCGGCUUAAAUUUGACUUGAAGCUAAAGUUAAACUACAGCAGUCGCGCGGACACCGUGCUGAAGCAUUCGUUGGGGACUUUUCCUUUCAUUUGUCCUAAUUUAAGAUCUGGGUCUCUCAUAAUGAGGUUUCCUAACAGUAAACUGCACACGGCGGUGGAUGGAGAACACAAGGAUGUUUCAGCACACUUUAAAAAUCCUUUCGUGCACGAGUUGAGAUUCACUCCUUUGCAGAAACUCAAGAUAGCCGUAAUGACUGUGACACUCUUCCCCGUGCGUUUGCUGUUUGCUGCAUUCAUGAUGUUGCUUGCCUGGCCCUUUGCAUUUGUGGCCACUGUUGGCCGUUCUGAGGAUGCAGUAGAGCCUCUCUGCUGGUGGAGAUGGCUGGUGGAUUUGGCCUUAAAGGCCAUCAUGAGAGCAAUGUGGUUUUCUGGAGGCUUCCAUUGGGUCCGCGUGAAGGGACGGCCAGCUCUGCCCAGUGAAGCGCCCAUUCUCACAAUGGCCCCCCACUCAUCCUACUUUGAUGCCAUACCUGUCACCAUGACGAUGGACUCUAUAGUGAUGAAGGCAGAGAGUAAAGACAUUCCAGUUUGGGGAACUCUUAUUAAGUUCAUUCGGCCUGUGUUUGUGUCCCGUUUGGAUCACGACUCUCGGAGAAAGACCGUUGAGGAGAUCAGGCGCAGAGCAUGUUCUGCUGGCGAGUGGCCUCAGAUCAUGAUAUUCCCGGAGGGCACAUGCACCAAUAGAUCCUGUCUCAUUGCAUUUAAGCCUGGUGCAUUCAUCCCUGGAGUUCCCGUACAGCCUGUGCUGUUGCGUUAUCCCAACGAGAUGGAUACAGUCUCAUGGACAUGGCAAGGACCUGGAGCGUUUAAGAUUCUGUGGCUCACCUUAUGCCAGCUGCAUAAUUUUGUAGAAAUCGAGUAUCUUCCAACGUACACCCCAUCAGAGGAGGAGAAGAGGGACCCAGCAUUGUUCGCCAACAAUGUGAGGCGCAUCAUGGCUGAGGCGCUGGGGUUGCCCAUAAUAGAUUAUUCCUUUGAGGACUGCCAGCUUGCUAUGGCCAAAGGCCCUCUACGUUUGCCAAGACACACCUGCUUGCUGGAGUUUGCCAGGCUGGUACGGCGUUUGGGACUGAAGAUGGGGGUCACAGAUGAAGUCCUGCAUCAGGAAGCCUCCCGGGCCAGAAAGAUGGGUGGAACCAGACUGGAUGUGGAGGGCUUUGCUCUGUACAUAAACCAACCCCUGACAGAAGCAGUACAGGACAUCUUUUUGCUGUUUGAGAAGCAUGGUGAGAUGGAUGUAAGAGAGUAUGUCAUCGCAUUGUCUGUGGUCUGCAGACCUUUCAGAUAUCUGGAGACCAUUAAACUAGCCUUCAGGAUGUUUGAAGCACAAGAGGACGGAGCUGUUGUAGAAGAUGAAUUGGCCGUUAUUCUGAAAACGGCUCUUGGAGUUGGAGAUGUCACUGUUUGUGAUCUAUUCAGGGCCAUAGAUGGUCAAGACAAAGGAAAGAUCACAUUUGAUUAUUUUUGUUGGUUUAUGGAGAAAUGUCCAGAUUUUGUGGAGCAGUAUCACUGUCUCCAUGAGCAAGCCCCACAACACUCCACAGAAUCUGCGAUACCCUCAGAGUCCCGACCUUCAACUAACGGCUUCUGUGCUGACUUCAGCCCUCACGAUCCAAACACUCACAAUGCUUCACAAAGCAAGAAACUGGACUAAAUGCAGAUUGUCACCUUCCUUGUGUGACUUUUUUGUUUGUUUUUUUGCGUGUGUGUGUGUACUUCUGUGUUUAAGAGAGUUGAUGACAGACAAUAUUUUAAAGCGGAGUCUGAAUUUGUAUCUGGGAACAUUAGCUUUGGGAUUUUUCUAUUAAAUUGUUUUUUUAUUUAUUUUUUAUUCCCUUAAAGAAGUUUGACUUGUCUUCAGGGCUGUUUUAAUGCCUUGUGUUUUAUUUUUUGUUGAGAGAGAUUUAUUUAAACAGUUUUUCUACAUAAAGUGUCAUUUGGCUUAUUACAUGAGCGUGUUAUUUUUAAAUACAAACUUGUCUUAGCUAAUAUUCUUUGGGGUGUUAAGGUACAUUGAAAGUAAAAAAACAAACACAAAACAAAAUUAGGCCUGAUACUACAGGUACCAUUGUGUGCUUCACAAUUUGAAUAGUUAAAGCAUUUGAGUGAACCUAAAAAAAUCUGUGGUUGUACAUGAAAGGAAUGCUUCCAUCAAUACAACAUUCUUUACAGUAGAGAUUUACCUCUCAAAGAUUUGCUUGAUAAUGGUUUUGGUUUAACUCAAUUUCCUGCAAAUGCAUUUUAAUGAAAACUGUUUUGUUGAAAAUAGAGGUGUGAUGAAAGAUGUGAAACCUGUAGGUGGGUUGAAGUGUCAUUAUUUUGUCUCAUACCUGCAACCUGUCCUGUUUAAAAUCAUAGGAUAACAAAACAUGCAGUCAGUAUGAAACUUUCAGUACAAUGUGGUAUUG